CUUGGGAUUCAUAUCUCUCUGUCUCAUGAGAAGGAGCCUCUGGGAACAGCGGGUCCCUUGGCGUUGGCUCGAGAGCUGCUGAACGUCGACAACGAACCGUUCUUUGUCCUCAACUCAGACGUCAUCUGUGAUUUUCCCUUCAAAGACCUGCUGCAGUUUCACCGCAACCACGGCAAGGAGGGAACCAUCGUGGUAACGCGGGUAGAGGAGCCCUCUAAGUACGGCGUGGUGGUGUUUGAGCCGGAAACUGGCAGGAUACAUCGCUUUGUUGAGAAACCGCAGGUCUUUGUGUCCAACAAGAUCAACGCCGGCAUUUACAUCUUCAAUCCCAGCAUGCUCAGCAGGAUCCAGCUGAGACCAACAUCUAUAGAGAAAGAGAUAUUUCCUGUCAUGGCAGAGGAGGGACAGCUGUACACCAUGGAGCUACAGGGUUUCUGGAUGGACAUCGGCCAGCCGAAAGACUUCCUGACAGGGAUGUGUAUGUACCUUCAGUCGCUUCGACAGCACACGCCUGAGAGGCUACACACGGGGCCCGGUUUUCUAGGCAACGUUCUGGUGGAUCCAACGGCGCAGAUUGGGGAGAACUGCACCAUUGGCCCGAAUGUCACCAUCGGUGCCGGCGUGGUUGUGGAGGACGGGGUGAGGAUAAAACGGUGCACGGUGAUGAAAGGAGCGCGGGUUCGAUCGCACUCCUGGCUGGAAAGCUGCAUUGUUGGAUGGAGCUCCUCUGUUGGUCAGUGGGUUCGUAUGGAGAAUGUGACGGUGUUGGGGGAGGAUGUGAUCGUGAAUGACGAGCUUUACCUGAACGGUGCCAACGUCCUGCCUCACAAGUCCAUCAUCGAGUCUGUCCCAGAGCCACGAAUCAUCAUGUAGCAUCGGGUAGAGGAGAAAAGCCUGGCGCCUUUUUUUUUUAUUUUAUUAUAUGAACUCGGCUGAACACCCAAACUGUGCCAGAUGGAAAGGGACGGACAGACGGGUUGGAGAAAGGAAGGAGAGAAAAAGGAACGAGAAGGGUUUCUUUUCUAUUUCUAAUUAAUUUGGACUUGUUUUUAGCCCUGCUUGGCUGCACUGUCCAUCAGUCAGAAAUGAUGGCAAUAUGAUCUGUCACAAAGGUGUCUGGCUCAUCAGAAAGGUUUAUACUUGUUACACUUUGUCAGAACUGCAGGUAAAUAAUCAAACGCUAAUGUGCUGAAUGUGAUGGAUGGUACACGUCUCAUAUGAAACACUGCUUUUAAAGGCGAGGGAGGGGGUUGAUAACCAGGCAGAUUGUCUUAUCUAAUGUGAAGUGUAUUUGGGGGGUGGGGUUGGAGAGCGAUAUGAACACUGCUGUUUAGGUUUACUAUGCAUUUACAUUUCCUGGACAGCUAAAGUAUCGGUGAGAGGAUUAUAGUACAUCUACAUGUUUCUCUGCUGUAACGGAGACUGGAAUUAUGACUGAUGACACUGAGAGCUAUGAUCUGUCAUAUUGAACAAAAUGCAGUAUUAGUUAUAGGUAAAGCUGCAUUAAAGAGGUCAUAUUAUGGUUUUUGGCUUUUCCCCUGUACUUUUAUUGUUAUAUAUCCCUUUUUUUGUGCGUGUAAUGGGUUUGCAAAGUGAAAAAGCCCACCAGAGGUCGUUCCCAUCUCCCAAAGAACACACUGCUCUGAACUGCCUGAAAAUGGCUUGCUUGUAGUCCAGCCAUUUCUGCCGCUUUGCUGCGAAACACGCGUCAUAAUACUCUCCUAGCAGCUAGUCCGACAUGCCCUCAAAAACACCGGUGGAAAAACAAACUGAGCUUCAGCACACAGUGACAAGCCGUCCGCCUGCUGCCUCCCAUGUCCCUUAUGAAACCUAAAUUUGUUACAGAUUAAUAACUCACCACUCUGAAACUCUUCGUCCAGUCAAUGUUGCUAAGCUGGUAAGGGGAACACAUACAGCUGAACCAAAGCUGUGUUUAGUGGCUUUUCAGGGCCCACCCUACUCUGCUUCUGAUUGGCUAGUAGUCCUUAACUAGGAACUGUGCAUGUGCAACUCCCAACAAAUAUCAAGUAGUGGUGAGAUGCAUCACUCCAUAGCUAAAAUUAAGCGUUCAACACACAGGGUGACAAGAGGAGCUACUGCAAUUUGCAGUAUGACAAAAAUAUGGUGUUUUUUGAAAAUGAAACUAUGUAAACCUGUUCUGGUACAACCCCUAAAUAAAAUGAUGAACCUGUAAAUGAGCAUAAUAUGACCUCUUUAAUAGAUUAAUUGUUUGGCUCUUCGAGGGCAGCAGAACAAACUGUAAACACAACCUCUAGCAGAACACCUUUCUGUAAAUUUCUUAUGGCAAAUGGUUUAGUAAAGAGUUGCAUUCACAUAAUCCAGUGUUUGAAUCCACCUGAUGAAUGUAAUUUGAUCCAUUUUUAAAAAAAAGACUUGAUUAGUGCAGCUUUAAUCAGUUAUAGAGUAGGUGUUGAUUAUGUCUCAUUGCCUUGGUAAACAUGUUUUUAUGUUGCUAUAAUGCCAAACUGGUUACUGCUCUGUAAAAAGUGAACAAAAUGCAUUUUAUACCAAACUGCAGUUCAUCAAAUACGUUUACAGAUAUUUUAGUUAUCUGGGAUAGUAUUGUUUCAACAUGUUUUACAUUCAUGUGUAAGUGUUUCUUAAAGUUAACACUCUUGUUUUGUUAAAAUCUUGUUUUUGCUGACAUCUAGUGGUUUAACACCUUGCUUCAGUGAUGUACAGGUGUACCCCAGGACACAGUGACAUCACUAUGGGCUGUGGUUACAGAUGCAGCAGAAACUGAAACAGGCUUGAAACCUUUUAACCAUAGAGGGCAGUUCAGAAUUUGCACGUUGGCCAUUUUAGGACAUUUGAGACUCAGCUUAACAUCAUCAGGCUCAAUUCAAAUUUCAAUAGUCUAAGCUGUACUUGGUCAGCUUUACUCAACUUUACUCAUCCUCAGCGGUGCAUAAGUUAGCCACAGCCAUCAUGUUAACAUGCAACUAUUGAAUGUUUUAACAAUGGUUCUAAUGUUAUUGCUUAGCAUGCUAACAUUUUAGCAUGUUUCUGUCCUCCACUGUGUAAACACAAGUGUCCAAUUCUGUGUUGUCAUAUGUCUGGCUUUGUUUUGUGUUGGGUUAAAAAAAAGUUAAUUCAUUCAUUUUAUUACAAGGUGUGCUGGAGCUUUCGAUUUGAUUAAUUUGAUAUGGAAAUUUGAAAAUCCACAACUCCAUGACAGCCGGGUUAACUCCAACAACGCACCACUAAUGGACCUUGUGGUGAGAUUUCUUUGUCAGUAGUUGGUGUUUGUCUCCUUGUCGCUGCAGUAGUGAUUCCUACUGUCUGGUCGAGCUUCCUGCACAUUAGAGAGAGUAGAACUCGGGGUGAAUAGACUGAACCUAAUGCUACUCUUGUGGUGGAAGUUCAUUGAAAGGUGAUAGACAUGCAAACAUUUACCAUGUUAGCAUGGUGUUUUAGCAUUCAUCUCAAGCUGAGGUUAAUGGAUGAUCAGUCUUCAGUUUUCCUGCUAGACUGGUCAAGUGAAGACUUGUCAAGGACGCCAGAUGAAAUGUCACAGGAUCACCAAAGUCAUUAGCAUUCAUCUUCGGGGACCAUGAAUUUCUCAACCAAAUCGCAUAAGAUUUGUCUUUUCACCGACAGACUCACUAAUGUUGCUGAAUUCAACAUCAGACAAGAGUUUGUUUGAGACAGAUUUCACUCCUACUAGUCAAUGAAGGGGAUAGAUUAACCCUGCCUCUUGAUUUUUCAUUGCUGACCAUGAACAGGUGACGUCAGCUGUCUGUCCAGACACUCUAAACUGACCUCUGAACAGAAUGCAGUGGUUCCAUGUUGUUAUGCAGUUAUUGAUAAACAGUAUUUAGAGCACUGAACAUGUUGACUUUAACUGUGUGUGAAUGAAUGAAGUCAAUUCUUGUAAUGAAUUUUUUAAAGAGAAUAAUAUAAUCUACUGACCACAUCAA